GCCAAUUUUUUUUAAAUAAGUCACCAGAUUUCAAAGUUCUUUGAAUAAAGAAGUUGAAAGCAAAAUUAUGGACUGGCAAUUUAUAGCACCAUUUGAUUCAGAUAAUAAAAUUGAGGAAGUUCAAAUUGAAAUAAAAUCUGAGAAAGACGAACGAGAAGAACUGACAGAGUUGAUUAAAGCAGAAAUUGAUGUAAAAUUUGAAACUUAUGAACAGGAGGAAAAUGGGACAGUGAGAAAUGAGAAUAUUGAAAUCAAAAUCGAAGAAAAUGAACAAGAAAGUUUGGAACAUCUGAAAGAAUUAAGCGAAUCUCAUGAAGAUGAAGAAGUGAAAAACCACACAUUAUUAACAGAAAUUAUUUCUAAAGUUCAAAUUAAUACUUUGAGGUCUAAUUCUUCACAAAAUCCCUGGAAAUGUUGCCUAUGCCAUUCUGCUUGUAAAGAUAAAUUUGACCUUAGAGAGCACAUAACUGCGACUCAUAAGGACCCGUCCAACUCGAACUUAUUCAAAUGUGAUCUCUGCAGUUAUAUUACCGAGUAUUUACAUAAACUUGUAAUGCACAAAGCACAGCAUAAAAGUCACACAGAUGUGUUGCACCACCAAUUUGAAGCCCUUGACGCUGUAACAGAGCAGAAAAGCAAUGUGGAAAACAAAAAACAGAAAUGUGGGGCUUGCGAUUUUAAAUACGAAAACGAAAUUAAUCUCCGAGAGCAUAUUACUGCCACACAUAAAGAUCCAUUCAAUUCGAACAUGUUCAAAUGUAAUAUUUGCGAUUAUCUAACAAAGUACUUCCACAGGCUUACGCUACACAUGUCGUCCCAUGACAGUUCCUCGAACACGAACUGGUACUUUUGCGAUAAAUGCACCUAUAGAUCACGACACACCGAGUAUUUAAAGCAACACAAUUUGAGACACCUUAGUGUAUCUGAUUCGGAUCUGUACAAAUGCAGUAAGUGUUCUUUUCGAUCAAAGUCACAUGGUGUCCUGCUUAGGCAUCUGUUGGCGCAUAAAAAGCAAUACCAAUGCGAGAUGUGCGACUAUAAAACAAUACACAAAUGGCGCAUCAAGAUGCAUGUGGUAAAACACAAGGAGUUGUCAGAAGUGAAAGUGUAUAAAUGCAUUUUGUGCGAUUUCCGUACAAAGUGGACAACCAGCUUUAACAAGCAUUUGUCGAGACAUGAUAUAAAGUUGUCAUAGAUGUAUUAGUGUAAUUUUUAUUAUAUAGUAAAAACAAGUAAAA